GGGAGGGCGCCGGUCGGAGAGCCCGGUGGGCGCCGGGUUGCAUCGCCCUCCGCGGGGUCCGGGGCGGCCGCCCCGCCCCGCUCGCCCGGCAUGAGCAUCUCCAUCCCGGAGGGGCUGCGGGAGCUGCUGCAGAGCUUCACCCUGGAGGUGCUGCGGAGCCAGCCGGCCGACCUGCUCGACUUCGCCCUCCGCUACUUCCAGCGCCUCAAGGCCGAGGCCGCCGCCGGAGGAGGAGGAGGAGGAGGAGGAGGAGGUGGGGGGCUCCCUCGGGGUCCCCGGUGCAACGCCGGACCCGAGCGCGGGAGCCGCCCGCAGCUCGACGGCGCCCCCGCCGAAGCCCGCGGGGUCAACUUCUCGCCCGAGCCGCUGCAGCAGAGCCCCUCCGACAGCAGCGCCGAGGAGGAGGAGGAAGAAGAGGAGGAGGAGGAGGAGGAAUUCGCCGCUCCAGUGAUCAACCGGUUCACAAGACGAGCAUCGGUGUGUGCAGAAGCUUAUAAUCCCGAUGAAGAAGAAGACGACACAGAAUUGAGGGUUAUUCACCCUAAAACAGAUGAUCAAAGAAACAGGCUGCAGGAAGCUUGCAAAGACAUUCUCUUAUUUAAGAAUUUAGACCAGGAGCAGAUGUCUCAGGUCCUGGAUGCCAUGUUUGAAAAGCUGGUUGACGGUGGAGAGCACGUCAUUGAUCAAGGAGAUGAUGGGGACAACUUCUAUGUAAUCGAUCAAGGGACCUACAAUAUUGUUGUGAAAUGCGACGGUGUCGGAAGAUGCGUUGGCACCUACGACAACCGAGGGAGUUUUGGCGAAUUGGCGUUAAUGUACAACACACCCCGAGCGGCUACUAUCGUUGCUACCUCUCCUGGCACCAUUUGGGGUUUGGACAGAGUAACAUUUCGAAGGAUCAUUGUGAAAAACAACGCAAAAAAGAGAAGAAUGUAUGAAAAUUUCAUUGAAUCGUUGCCCUUCCUUAAAUCUUUAGAACUUUCUGAACGUUUGAAAGUGGUGGACGUCAUAGGUACCAAAAUAUAUAAAGAUGGGGAACAAAUAAUAGCUCAGGGGGACGCGGCUGACAGUUUCUUUAUUGUCGAAUCCGGAGAAGUGAAAAUUACAAUGAAAAGAAAGGGCAAACAAGACAUAGAUGGAAACGAAGCGGUGGAAAUCGCCCGUUAUACCAGAGGACAGUAUUUUGGCGAAUUGGCGCUUGUAACGAAUAAACCCCGAGCUGCCUCCGCCUUCGCACUUGGCACGGUCAAGUGCUUAGUUAUGGAUGUACAAGCUUUUGAAAGGCUUUUGGGACCUUGCAUGGAAAUUAUGAAACGGAACAUCGCCAACUAUGAAGAGCAACUGGUUGCUCUGUUUGGAACAAACAUGGAUAUUUCUGAGCCCAGCGCAUGAAGAACGGAGCCACGCAACCUGUGUAUGACAAAUAGCACAGUAGUGGUUAGUCCACUGAACGUAACGUCUUUAUCUUCCUAUAGAUGCUAAGCAUUGUUCUUGGUUUUACAGGGGCUUCGGUUCCUUUGCGCCCCCUGUCUCAAUUAUUUUUGUUUGCCUUUUUCUUUUGUACAAAGUCCUUGUAAUCGGUACGUGGAGUAGACAGAUUAUUCGAUGGGCCCUUCCUUAAAAGCGUUUGGGUCCACCGGCGUUUCAGCAUUUCCAAGAACAUCAGGUUCAAAAGCCUUCGGUGGCACAAGGCACAACCACCUACAGGUAGUCCCGAUUUACAGCAGUUCAUUUAGUGACCGACAAGUCACGUGGUUUACGUUGGGAUGCUUGACAACUGACUCACAAAUAUGACGGUCAUGUGAUCCCUCGGUGUCACCUUCUGACAAGCAAAGCCAACUUAUUUAACAACUGUGUUACUAGUAUUUAACAACUGCAGCGAUUUCGCCUAACAAAUGGGGCAAGAAAAGUCGUAAAAUUCACUUAACAAAAUUCUCACUUAACGACAUAACAUUUCGGGGCUCAGUUGUGGUCGUAAGUUGAGGACUACCUGUGUGAUGUUACAGAUUUGGAAGGAUUUUUCCCUUGUAAAAAAAAUUAACGGCUUUUGUAAAAGACUUUCAAUUUAAGUGUCUGUGAAGAUUCUUGGCCAUCCGGGUCCUGGUUGUCCCGAAUCUGCUUUUUCAAAGGGCAAGUGGACUUUUGAACCGAAGAAGCUUCUUGGAUGAGAAGCGAAACAUCUUCAAGGAAAAACAAAAGUCCACUUGUCAUUUGAAAAAAAAAACACCUUUGGGAUAUUUCAUUUAAGAUGUUCAGUAUUGCAGUCCAAACAUAUGUGCAAACCAGUGUUGAAAUUCAAAUUUUUUUUACUACUGGUUCUGUGGGUGUGGCUUGGUGGGGGCGUGGCGGGGGAAGGAUACUGCAAAAUCUCCAUUCCCACCCCACUCCAAGGAAAGAAUACUGCAAAAUCCCCAUUCCCUCCCCACUCUGGGGCCAGCCAGAGGUGGUAUUUGCCAGUUCUCCGAACUACUCAAAAUUUCCAUUACCGGUUCUCCAAACUACUCAAAAUUUCUACUACUGGUUCUCCGAACUACUCAAAAUUUCCACUACCGGUUCUCCAAACUACUCAAAAUUUCUACUACUGGUUCUCCGAACUACUCAAAAUUUCUGCUACCAGUUCUCCAGAACCUCUCAGAGCCUGCUGGAUUUCAUCCCUGGUGCACACCGACUUUUUAUUUUAACUUGCCUAAUUGAGAUUCAUCUGAGGAUCUCUUAACACAAUAUUGCAGAAGUUUUGUGGAUCAAACCCCAUUCUUGACUCCCGUUUUUUUCUUUCUUUCUUUCAAUUCUCCCAGAAACUCCUUUGGAAUAUACAGCAGAAAUAAAUUUCGUUUUGUCCACAUGUCCAAUGAAUGUGAUAGGUUAAGGUUGUUUAGGGGUACCCGAGUGCACGAACGCGGUCUAGGAGAGAUUUAGAUUGUACGUAUUUUGAUUUGAGUCGGUAUUAUUCAAAGUGGCAUUUUGUAAAGAUUUAAAAAAAAAGUAUUUGAAAAAAAACAACCCGAUAAAAGCAUGGCCUUGUAUUCUGGGUAAGUUUUAUAACCUCCGUCUGGUCUCAAGUCUGUCCGAUUAUUAGUCCUUUUUUUACACCAACAAAUGUUUUAUAAGAUUUUUGUCUCGUCUCAAUGAAGGACGCUUGUAUACUCACCUUCCAGAAUGUGGGAGGUUUAUAAUGAUGCUGUAUAGUUUCUCGCUGUUGUAUUUAACUGUAGAUGUACUGUUUUCACACCUGAGAACAAUUGUUACCUGUGCACCUGUGAAAAGGUAAAAUUUGAUUUAGAUCAUGGGCUCAUUGUCGCAUUUUAACAAACAGAGUCUCCCUUGAAUUGAGCGAAACUCCUAAUUCACCGAUACACCCAGUAGUAUUAUUUCAUGGAUGACACGCAGUAGCAAUAUGGAAGGUUGAUCUUGGUUGCCUUUUGAGGUUGUUCUUCAGUUUCUUUAGCCUACAACCCUGGUUCUUCCUGGCGGGGUUCCUUGUCCAAAUACAGGUAGUCCUCGACUUACGAAAAUUUGCUUAGUGACCGUUCAACACUGAAAAAAGUGACUGACGACCAUGUUUUUUCACACUGAUGACCACUGCAGCGACUCUACGCUCACGUGAAUAAAAUUUGGGCGCUUGGCAACUGACUCAAGAUGGCCGCCGUGUCCCGGGGUCACGUGACCCCCUUUUGCAACCGUUCUGACAAGCAAAAAGUCAAUGGGGAAGCCAGAUCCACUUAACAACCGUGUUAAUAAUUUAAUAACUGCAGCGAUUCACUUAACAAAAGGGGCAGGAACAGUCGUGAAAUGGGUCAAAACUCACUUAACAAAUGUCUUGCUUAACGGCAUAAAUUUUGGGCUGACUUGUGGUCGUAAGUCGAGGACAACCUGUAUUAAGUCCUAGGCUCCUUCCCAAUUUAAAUUUCUGAGGUGACUUGAGGUCAGCUAGGGGCCACAGUCCAGCGAGGCGGCCUCUUUCUACUGGCAUAUAUGUACAGAUAGUCCUUGACUUACAACAGUUCAUUUAGUGACCAUUCAACGUUAACAGCACUGAAAAAAGUGAUCCCCCGCACACGCCACGCACGCCCCCCGUUCAUGAGCGUGCGGCCCCACACACACACCCCGCCCACUGCACAUACGCAGCAGAGACCCAAAGAUCAGCUGGCUGGCGUGAGGCGCGCGCAUGCACAGCAGACCUGAACUGAGGCGACAGCUCGUGUGCCCACAGAGAUGGCGCUGCCAACAUUACAUUUGACAUUAUGUUUAAAGUGCUGCACUAUUAUCUAAUAAGCUUGUUGACUAUAAUGAACGUUAGGGCCCUAUCCCUUGUGAACAUAUUUCCCAGUAAAUGGGAAUUGACUUAAGAGUCAAUUCACUUCAGGGUUGGUUGUGUUGACAAGAUUUUAACGUACUUUUUGAUGCUCAAUCCACAGAUAACAACCGUGGCGAGAAAGGUCGUAAAGAGGAGCAAAAUUCACUUAACAAAUGUCUCACUCAACAACAAAAAUUUCAGGCUCAGUUGUGGUCACAUGUUGAGGGCUACCUGUAUUUGGGGAGAUCUCAACAAACGUAGCUAGGACAGCCUGUCCUGGCUACCAUGGCUUGUCUUGAGGUCAGAGUGUUAAGUUGUUCAGAUAAGAACUGAAUUAGAUGCCUUCUAGUAUUUUUAAUUUAGAGUUUAUUUUAUCCCACCUUUAUUAUUUUUAUAGAUAACUGUUGUGGCCCGCCAGUGGAUCUGGCAGCAGAUUCAGACAGUGAGGAGGUUGGGGAGGAACAUGGGCCAGUCCUGGAGUCUGGGGGAGGCUCUGACGAGUGCUCUGCGUCGGAGGCAGAGCGGGGGCCAGAGCCGUCUGACAGUUGUCAACUGCCUUCGGAGUCGGACAUCAGUGGGGCAGAAGAAGAGCUGGAGCCUGUCCCUAGUGUGUGCAUGCACAGAGCUGCCGGGAGAAGGGAAGAGCUAAGGAACAAGGGUCGACUCAGGAGUAAAGCCACAGAUGGACGGUGAAUGGCUCCUCCCAUAGGGAAUAAAGAGGAGCGAAAGGGGAGGGAAGUCUGCAGAAGCCAAUUAGUUCGUUUAAUUGGUUUCUGACUCCCAGAGAUGUCUUGCCAAGUUUUGAAGGUAUCGGCCUGGCAGCUCUCCAAGCCAGAUAAGGUCUGUGACUGUAAAUUCUCCCUUGAAAGACUUUGCUGGAGGUGAAUGAGAGGAAUUCUCACAGUAACUUAAUAAAAAGGGUUUUUUGCCGGGACAAGGAGUCUGCUUCCUGCCCUUGGGAAGCCCAGAUCAGAACAAUAAUUCGAAGUGGCAAACAUAUCAAUUCUCCUCUGUCCUCUUAUUUUCACCACAACAACAACCUGGUGAGUUGAGCUGAGCUGAGAGAAAGGGACUGGCCCAAAGUCACCAAGCUGGCUUUCAUGCCUAAGGCGAGACUAGAACUCUCGGUCUCCCAGUUUCUAGCCUGGUGCCUCGACCCCUCCAGACCAAAUGUCUACGGGGGUCAACUCAGAUAGCUCAGUAGUAGACUUAUCUGGUUGGCAAAACAUAAAAUUAAACCUUACAUCUAAAGUGAACAUAAACAAAGUUGUAUUGAACUAAAGGAACACAAACAAUUUCAUACGUUUUUGAGCUAGCCAAAAGUGGAUCAGCUUCCAUUAACCACACAAGAUUUUCCUGUUUGUGAUUUUUAGUGAGCUUAGUUUAAUUAUUUGUGUACUACAAAAUUCAGUGAAGUUUAGGCAUUAUUAUUUUGAUCAACGUAUGUAUAUAUGUGUGCGCGCACCCUAUGUUUUAUUUUAAGAGCGUUAUAAUCUCUUCUGCACAUUAUGGGUGGGAGCAGGAGUACAACGGAAAAAAAUAAUAAUCUUGAAAAUAUUCUCCCUCUUUGUGUGCCACUCCCGUUUCCUGAUUGUUAACGUUCUGUCUUUUUAACUGAGGCCUCUUUUUUUAUGGUACCUCCGAAUUGUGAAAUUUACAAUGCACAAAAUUAAUAAAUAACUUUUGAAUACAGAA